GCGGGACGAGGGAGGCCAGUGGCAGAUACGGCGGCUGGCCGCCCCAGCUCUGGCGGCGUCGCCGCGGCCGCCGCCGCGGCGGCCAGUCGCCCGCGGUCUGGCGGGGCGGCGGCGGCGGCGGCGCCUGCCGCCGCCCGCGAUCCGGCGGCGGCAGCGUCCCGCCGCCAGCCGCCCGGGCUCCGGCGGCGGCGGCGGUGCCGCCGGGGCGGCCGGGCGCCCCUGGUCGGGCGGCGGCGGCGCGCCAGCCGCGGCCGCGGGGCAGGUGGCGCCUACGCCGCCCGCCGAGCCGAGGCCGCCGCAUCGCUUCUCCCGAGCCGAACUCCUUCGGCGCCAAGAGGAGCGGCAGGCCAGGCGGCAGGAGGCUGCGGCAACCCACGUUCAGAGCAGGUACCGCGGGCUUGCUGCGCGCCGGCAAUAUUCUACAUUGCCAUGCAGGAGCAGCGCGUGCAGGCAGCGGCUACCAUCCAACGGCAGUUCCGAGGCCGCAGGGCGCGCUGCCAGAGCCUGCGCGAGGCGCAGGAGCUCCAGCGGAGGCAGGAGGCGGGCCCCCCCGCCGGCGGCCGGAGCCGCCCCUCCGCUGGGCACGGUGCGCCGGUGCGGGGGCGGGGGUUUGCACUCCAGCCAC